AUAUUGUAAGGCUCUUGUGCAUCUCUUGUUGCCCAGCACCAUGCCAGAGGACCUACCUAAAAGUCAAAGUGAUGCAACUUGAAGGAUACUAUGAGAUCACAACUACUGCAGCAUUUUCCAGGAUCCAAACUCAGUUGAAACGCAAAGAUAUAGCCUAUAGGUGAGGUCACGUUAGGGGGGCAAGAGCCUAGACUGGGUUCUCUCCCUUCCGGUAGUCGUCCUCCUGGAUAUCAGGUUUCAGAGGGCCAACCACUUGCUCAUCAAUGCCCAGAUGAUUUUCAUUUUUUAAAUUCUCAAUCACUUUACUCGCCCCGGCGCCUCCAACAAGUUGAAGCUACAUUCAAGCUUGACACUUCCUUCAUCACCGGUGACAUCAGCUAGCGCCCCCCAAAACAGGAGAAAAGGCUUACUUUCUACCAAUUCAUGCCCCCGGCACUUUAGGCUUCCCCCAAAUCUGCUGUGCUUCCCGCCCACAAUUUGCCCAAAUGGCGCCCGGACGCGUUUUCUUUGUGGCGCUAGCAGUGGUGCUGGCCGUAUGCUGGGAAAGUGUAGAUGCACAGGUUGGCUUCGAUAACUCACGCGCCGACGGCUACACUUGCCCGCCGGGCCUUCUCCCCCUCAACCGGGGCAACUCCGACACGUCUGAGAUCGUCUGCGACCAGGACCCGUGUUACAAUGACGUCAUUGGCUGUGGCCCAGGCAACGUGUGUACCCGGCUUCCCAGAGCCUCCAUUGGUGGAUAUUUUUACCAACAUGACUGCCAGUGCAAGCCUCCCUAUGUUCGAGGAACAUACACAGGCUACAAAGGCCUCGGAUCCCACACCAGUUGCUAUAUCCCUGGCCAAGAGGUGUGCUUUCCCGACCCCUGCCAGAACGGCGGCGUGUGCGGACGUCAGAUAGGCGACAGCGGUGACGUCAUCGACUUUACGUGCAAUUGCCCCGUGGGUUUUGGCGGGAAGACGUGCUCGCUUCAGACGACGGAGGCCUACGGCGGAUUCCCCAAGCCGGUGAAGACCUCUGAGCCAAGCGGGCCCCCGUCGAGCGGCCCCCCUCCAAGCGGCUCUCAAGGUUUCUGCGGUUCGGGCGCCGCUGGUGCUUUCCCCACCCGGUGCUACUUCAACAACGAUCCCCAGGGGCGCUACGUCUGCUGCGACUCCGCCGGAUGCGACGGCUUCAACCCCCCCGACUUUCUCGUCCCCCACUGCAAAGCCAACGGUUACGUGCCACCUGGCUUUGGCGUCGGAGCCUCUCCCUCCCCCCCCGCGAUUACGCCCCCGGCGGGGCCGCCCGCGAGUGGGUCGCAAGGUGUUUGCGGAACAGGCGACGCGAGCUUUUUCCCCACGCGGUGCUGGUUCAACAACGAUCCCCAGGGGCGCUACGUCUGCUGCGACGGCCAGGGGUGUGACGGGUUCAACUCGGACAAUCUGACCCCCCACUGCAAGAAUUACGGUUUUGUGCCGCGCAAUUUCGGCGCGGGGGGUUCGCCUGCCCAGCCCACCACACCCCCCAGCGGGUCCACACCCCCCAGCGGGUCGCAAGGCGUCUGCGGCACCGGAGCGGCAGCAAGCUUCCCCGUGCGGUGCUACUACAACAAUGACCCACAGGGGCGCUACGUGUGCUGCGACUCAGCCGGCUGCGACGGGUUCAAUCCGCCCGACAACUUCUUCCCACACUGCAAGGCCAAUGGAUACGUACCGCCAAGUCUUUAGUUAAGUACAUCCCACUUAUAUCAAGUCCUCCUCCUUCGAGUACAGUCGCGAUAGAAGUGCGCGCUCUCGAUCUCGCCCCACUUCGAUUUUUGACAAUAUCCGUCGGUUAGUGACUUCGACGAACUUAGCCGCUCAAAGUGUCGUAGAGUGUCAACUUAGAGUCGCCGUUCAAUGAGCCAGGAGUAGUCGGUCUUAGGAACGUACUGCAAAAUAGAUGCGCCGGUUUAUGGAGCCAGAUGUACUACCUUUCGGUAUUUAGAGAGUUAACGAAGUGACCCGAAACGAGGCUAGGCCGAGGAGAGAGGUCCAUAUUGCAAGCAGCUGCUGGUCGACAGUCUUGCUACUAUGUAGAGCUAGCUGAGUUUUACUUGUACACGGCGAGAACACGAUAAUUACUGAAUACUACGUAUUCAGAUCGUAUUCAUGCUGAAUCGUGUGCUUGCAUGCACACACACUGUCAA